AUGGGAAAGUUUGUAGCGCAGCCUGCCUUUGGCCAAUCGCCGCGGUUUAGCCGAGCCAUCCUGGUCACAGACGGGAGCUUCGAGGCAGGUACGUACCUCCGGAGGCUGUCACCUCAGGCUGCAUCCUACGUUUUCGCGCUAAGAAAUUUCCCCGUCCCUGGAAAGGAGCCUCUCGUGAUCCAGACUGCGAACCAGAUUCUGUGCGCCAAGCAGGAUACCAUGACGAUCAGAGCAUUGAAGACGGUGUCUACCGGCCGUAAUGGCCUGGGCUCUUUCAUCCUCCAGUGCAAGAAGCUGGACUUUCACUACUGCGACUGGGCCGGCAGCUCCAAGGGAAUGAACGGCUUCAUCAAGUCUCAGCUUCCCAAGUUCGCCGCCGCAAACCCCCAAGUCGAGUUCACCGUAUCGCCCCGUCCGUCGAAACACCCCAUCAUUGUCGGCCACUACAUCAACGGCCGCGAGAAGGCCAUUUGCGUUCGGAAUAUGGAGCCAAUCGAGAUCUUGAAAAAGGCUGAGCUUCUGCGCGACGCCAACGGAGAGAAAUUGAAGAGGGUCAACAAGCCGGUCAACAGUAUCAACCCCAGUGUCAGAGGUGUCUGGAGUCCUUACCACGGAAAUGGCAUGGCUGUAUAA